AGUUGCCCUAGUAAUGAGCUAAACCUUGUCGCAAUUGUCACAAUAUUAAACAGGAAUUAGCUCGCUUAAAAACACGAAAUUGAUGUGCGCUGUACUACUGUGUAGUGGAUGACAAGUGUCUGAUUAGAAUGCCGUUCGUGGCGCGAGAAUUGAACUCCUCCCAGUGUCACCGUCGAACCAGUCACUCCCUGUAGGAUCUGGAGUGCUCUACAGCCACGGGGAAUCAGGAAUGAGAAAAUUGACGAUUUUCAGUUCACCGAGGCAGAACAACCGGGGAUCGAUUUUGACUGGAAAACUUAGGAAGAACCUUGACUUCUCUUGACAAAAGCUACAGGAAAAUGGCCAGGUUUAAGUUGAAUUACCGCCAGCUGCCGGUAAAGGCGCAUUUCUUCUUCUUCAUGGCGGCUAUGGGACCGAUCUUGCCGUUUCUACCGGUUUACGGAAAACAGCUGGGUGUAUCACCGGUAGUGAUGGGAAGCAUAACUGCUGUUCUGCCGAUUUUGUUUCUGAUAGCAAAGCCGAUGUUUGGUCUGCUCGUUGACUACUUCCGGUCUUACCGGAAGACACUCUUCGUCGCUCUGCUCACAGCGACCAGUCUGCCUUUAAUCUUACUGUAUUUUCUCCCAAGCCUACCGGGUCCCGUUUUACCCGAAGAUCAUGCUUUCCAGGGAGUUUCCUGUUCCACAAUCGACGCAUGCAAUUCUCAGGAAGUCGAAAUACCAGAGACCUGUUUCUCCGGCCGAAUUAUCAACUGCAACUGGACUUGUUCAGACAGUUUUAAUUUCACUCAGCCGAUCUACUUCGACGCCGACCACAGAGGGAAUUUGUCCCGAAGUUCAACGUGUUUGGCCAGUAGACGAAUCAAUGUUGAUUAUUUUACAGCCGAUCAGAAUGAAACGAUAAUUGACUGUACUAAAUUCGAAAAUUUCGAUCACGGUAUUUGUAACGUGACUUGCGAACGACUGGAGGACAAUGUCGAGUUGUCAAGCUGUCUUUACACCUCAGCAACGUUCUGGGGAUUCGUGCUUCUCAUGUCCCUCGGGACUAUCGGUUUCAACGUCUCCAACUGCGUCAGUGAUGCGAUCUGCUUUGACGUUCUCGGGGAUGACGGACAGAUGGGAUACGGAAGGCAAAGAGUAUGGGGAACGAUUGGAUUUGGUGUCGCAGCGCUUCUUGCUGGAUUUGCCGUGGAUGCGUGGUCUCAGGGUGAGACCAAAGUUUACACACCCGCCUUUAUCCUCAUUUUUAUUUUCACUUGCUUCGACCUGGCCUGCUGCGUUAAAUUGGAGCUACCAAGCAUAUCUGAAUCGGGGAACAUCUUGAAAGACGUGUGCAAGCUCUUGCGUCAUAAGCCAAUUGCGAUAUUUUUGUGCUUUGCAACUUUGGCCGGAAUUAUCGACAGUUUUAUGAUAUACUUUUUAUUCUGGUAUGUCGAGGAUCUGGCAGCGACAACAGGUGAUAUGGGACAGAUAAAACUGAUUGAGGGUUUGAUUGUAGCCGGCGAAACUUUGGGCGGAGAAGUCAUCUUCUUCACCCUGUCUGGUAGAAUAUUGAAGAAAAUCGGGUUCGGGUACAGUUUUGUAUUCUGUUUCUGCUGUUACUCGCUUCGACUGGGUCUCAUCUCCCUGGCACCGACCCCUUGGUGGAUACUUCCAAUCGAGUUUUUUAUGCAGGGACCAACUUACGCUCUGUGCUACACGACUAUAGUCGCUUAUGCAAGCGUCGUAUCGCCUCCGGGAACCUCUGCAACAGUUCAAGGCAUAGUUGCCGGAAUGGAUGAUGGCUUAGGAUUCGCAGUGGGAAGUCUAGUCGGUGGGAUUUUGUACAAACGAAUUGGUGGAGCUCGGACCCUUCGAUUAUUCUCACUAGGAGCCUUAGUCUCGGCUGCGGCAUAUUUAAUACUACACUUGCUGUACCUGAAAGAUGCAAUGCCCAAAAACGGUAAUCGAGAAAACAUCGAAUACAAAAGUCCAGAGGAUGCCCAAGACUCGAAUCUAGAUGAAAAAGAACUGCCAAUUUCUCAAUAGAACGGUACAAAUAAUGUAAAUGAAAUUGAUGGUUAAUUUUAAUCGAUGAAUUAUAUAACAGGGUUGUCCAUGUCAAUCGGAGGAACCCUGAGAUCGCACAUUCUUCGAUUAGUUUCUUUGGGUAUGUUGCUGCACUGUGUCAGAAGAUCUUUUAUUUUUUCAGAUUUUCCAAGUUGAACAUUUUCGAAGCGUAUUGAGUCAAAAAUUUGUAUUUUUUUUAACCGUCAUAUUUCGGAAACUAUUUGUCAUGCGAUAAAAAACCAAAUGUACAAAUUUUGAAAAAUUUAACCAACACUUCAAUACAAAGCAUUUCAUAACUCUUCCAUCUCGUUA